GUUCGGAGCUGGCGGCGGGUCAGCCGGGAGUGAGAGCCAUGGGCGACCCGGAGCUCGAGCUGGCCGGUGCCCAGGACGACUUCCACAGCCAGUUCGCCGACGAGCUGGAGGUGCUGGCCGAGCUGGAAGGGACAGCGGCCCUGUCGCCCUCCAGGGACCCUUGGCCCACGUUGGGUCGGUCCCGCCUGCCGUUCGAGGAGGCCGCCGCUGGAGGGGGCGCCGCCAUUCCCUGCUCUCCCGAGGGACCGCCAGAGAACCGCGGAGGCAGUGCGAGGAAGCGGCAGCUGGCCGGCCGCGUCGCGAGGGACAGGGCCUUGCCCCCCACCCCCAGGGUCAAACGGCUUAAGCUGGAAGUCGUCAAGAAGCUGAACUUCAGGCCCGAGGAAAUGGAGGAGCCGCCCCUUCCUGACUCCCCUGCGGGGGACAUCACCCCCCCACCGAGUCCCGAGGUCCCCACUGAACCGCGGAGCAAGGGGGCCGUGGACGCCGGUGUCGAUGCGGGUCUCCUGCAGGCCUCGCCGGCAGCCCGAAAUCCUGUCCUGAGGCGGCCCCCUGUCCUGGAGGACUAUGUCAGUGUGACCUCCACGGGGGGUAGCCGGGCUUUUCUGGUCCUGCAGGCUGAUCCAGUGGGCACAGGGGUGCAGACCCCUUUCCUUGAUAUCUGGCGGCGAGGCCAGGGCCAGCUGGAUCUGUUGGGCGUGCCCUUCGCGUCCCUGAAGGAGCAGGUGGACAACGAGCGGAGGCAGCAGCUGCUCGAGGAGGCCCGUCGACUCUCAGACACGCUUCACAGCCUCAGGUCGGAGGAGGUCCAGCCUUUGGCGGCUCCUGAGGAAGAGCUGGCCAGCAACCAAGCCGAGUCCCAGCACUGCCUCUGGGUGGACAACUUUGCUCCUCGGUCCUACACGGAGCUGCUCAGUGACGACUUCACUAACCGCUGCCUCCUCAAGUGGUUAAAGCUGUGGGACCUGGUGGUGUUCGGACGAGAGAGGCCUGCCAGGAGGCCGAGGCCCGGCAUGGAGCUGGCCCGGGGUGCUAAAGAGGCUGCGAGCUCCAGCAAAUGGAAGAGCCAUGAGCAGGUGCUGGAGGACAUGCUAGAGGCUGAGCUGGACCCAAGCCGGCGGCCCCGGCAGAAGGUGGCGCUGCUCUGUGGGCCCCCGGGGCUUGGCAAGACCACCCUGGCCCACGUGAUUGCACGGCAUGCUGGGUAUUGCGUGGUGGAGAUGAACGCCAGUGACGACCGCAGCCCCGAAGCCUUCCGCACGUGCAUUGAAGCAGCCACGCAGAUGGAGUCGGUGCUGGGUGCCGGCGGGAAGCCCAACUGCCUGGUCAUCGACGAGAUCGACGGGGCCCCUGUGGCUGCCGUCAACAUUCUCCUGAACAUCCUGGACCGCAAGGGCCCGCAGGACGCAGAGUCCGGGGGUCCGGUCCCCCUGAGUGGGGGGCGGCGGCGCCGGGCUGAGGGGGGGCUCCUGAUGAGGCCUAUCAUCUGCAUCUGCAACGACCAGUUCGUGCCCGCCCUGCGGCAGCUGAGACAGCAGGCCUUCCUGCUGCACUUCCCGCCCAUACUGUCCUCCAGGCUCGCGCAGCGGCUGCAGGAGAUCUCCCUGCGGCAGGGCAUGAGGGCCGACCCCGGCGCGCUGGCCGCUCUGUGUGAGAAGACGGACAACGACAUCCGUGCCUGCGUCAACACGCUGCAGUUCCUCCAUGGGCGGGGCCGGCGGGAGCUGAGUGUGCAGGCUGUGUGGACCACGCGGGUCGGCCUCAAGGACCAACGCAAGGGGCUCUUCUCCGUGUGGCAGGAGGUGUUCCAGCUGCCCCGGGUGCAGAGGCAACGCUGGGGCCAGGACCCGGCCCUGCCCCCACACAGGCUCCUGCUCAGUGAUGGGCACCUGGGUCUGGGGGCCCGAGCUGCCGAGGCGCCUUUGACCUCGGCUUCCCAGCGGUUCUACCACAUCCUGCACGUGGCUGCCUCUGCUGGCGAGCACGAGAAGGUGGUCCAGGGUCUGUUUGAGAACUUCCUGCGUCUGCGGCUGCGGGAUUCCAGCCUGGGCACCGUGUGCGCGGCCCUCGACUGGCUGGCCUUCGACGACCUGCUGAGCCGCGCCGCGCACCACGGCCAGAGCUUCCAGCUGCUGCGCUACCUGCCCUUCCUGCCGGUGGCCUUCCACCUGCUCUUUGCGUCCAGCCACGUGCCGAGGAUUGCUUUCCCCAGCAGCCAGCAGGAGGCCCAGAACCGGACGAGCCGGACACAGAACCUCAUCCAGACGCUGGUGGCGGGCAUCACACCGGCCACCCGCAGCCGAGCUGCGCCUCAGGCUCUUGUCUUGGAUGCCCUCUGUCUGAUUCUGGACAUCCUGGCACCCAAGUUGCGCCCUGUGAGCACGCAGCUGUACAGCACUCGUGAGAAGCAGCAGCUGGCUAGCCUCGUGGGCACCAUGCUUGCCUACAGCCUAACCUACCGCCAGGAGCGCCUGCCCGAUGGGCAAUAUGUCUACAGGCUAGAGCCGAACGUGGAGGAGGUGUGUCGCUUUCCUGAGCUGCCCGCCCGCAAACCUCUCACCUACCAGGCCAAGCAGCUCAUCGCCCGAGAGAUCGAAAUGGAGAAGAUGCGGCGGGCGGAGGCCUUGGCCCGGGUUGGGGACAGCCCCCCGGUAGACGGGGUUCCCCUAGAGGCCAAGGCUCUGCCGGGGGCUGCUGGGGACAAAGGGGGACGCGGCCGUGAGGAGCAGCAGCUGCAGCGGCGGCUGGAGCGCAUCCUGGAGAGAGCCGCCCUGGAGGAGAAGCCCGAGAGGGACUUCUUUGGUCGUGUGGUCAUCAAGAGAGCGGCAACCCCGAGUGCAGGAGACGCGGCCCCGGAGGCAGACGCGGCAGAGCGGCGCAUAGGCACGGCGGUGGGCAGGAGUGAUGUCUGGUUUCGAUUCAAGGAGGGUGUCUCCAACGCCGUGCGGCGCAGUGUCCACAUCAGGGAUCUGCUGUAGCGGGGGCUGCCCCUGCCGCCAGGAACCCAGGCCGGGUACCUCCACCCGUGCUGGACACCCCAGGGACCACGCUUCAUGCUGUCGGGUUGCGUUUUCUCCGUUAGGAAAUGUACGAAAGCACGGACGCUCUUAGAAAGUCCUUAUAAAAGUCACACC